AUGCUGCAUGCAUUUGACCCGCUACAUGCUGCCCUUGAGGCAGAUGGUGCUGGCAACUCUCCUGCAGACUCAGCUGCUCUUGGCGUCUUACCUGCUCCACCUAAGAUUUUUCUCCCGGUUCUCCCUGGGGAAAAAUCCCACCUACCCGAUCUACUGGGUCUGCCGGGUCUGCCGGGUCUGCUGGGUCUCCCAGAUCUGACGGAUCUUGCCCCGUUUGCUGCAAUCCACUGGUUCGGGUCAAGGCUCAACUGCGUGCUAA